CCCCCGCGCGCGCGCGCGAGUUCCGGUCCGCUGUUGUCCCGGCGCUUCAGACGCGGCUGGUGCUGGGAGUCGGAAAUAAGUAACCAUGGUGCUAAAUAGUGUGGAUAAGAUGAUUCAACUCCAAAAACACACUGCCAACAUCAGGAAUAUCUGUAUUUUGGCUCACGUUGAUCAUGGAAAAACUACUCUUGCUGAUUGCCUUAUAUCUAGUAAUGGAAUCAUCUCCAGCCGCCUGGCAGGCAAGUUAAGAUACAUGGACAGCAGAGAGGAUGAGCAGAUACGAGGGAUCACCAUGAAAUCCAGUGCCAUUUCACUGCAUUAUACAACAGGCAAUGAGGAAUACCUGAUUAAUUUGAUAGACUCUCCAGGACAUGUGGAUUUCUCCUCAGAAGUAUCAACCGCGGUUCGCAUUUGUGAUGGAUGCAUCAUUGUGGUAGAUGCUGUGGAAGGAGUCUGUCCGCAGACACAGGCAGUUCUGCGACAAGCCUGGCUUGAAAACAUUCGUCCCGUUUUAGUGAUUAAUAAGAUUGAUCGCUUGAUUGUCGAACUUAAAUUCACCCCACAAGAGGCCUAUUCUCACCUGAAGAAUAUUUUAGAACAGAUUAACGCACUUACAGGAACUCUUUUUACUUCUAAAGUCCUAGAAGAAAGAGCAGAGAGAGAGACAGAAUCCCAGGUGAACACAACUUCUGAACAAGGCGAUCAAGUGUAUGACUGGAGCACAGGCUUGGAGGACGUGGAUGACUCUCAGCUUUACUUCUCUCCAGAGCAAGGCAAUGUGGUGUUUACCAGUGCAAUAGAUGGGUGGGGCUUUGGAAUUGAGCACUUUGCAAAAAUCUAUAGUCAAAAAAUUGGCAUUAAAAAAGAAGUUCUUUUGAAAACCUUAUGGGGAGAUUAUUAUAUAAAUAUGAAGGCUAAGAAGAUUAUGAAAGUUGACCAGGCCAAAGGAAAGAAACCUUUAUUUGUACAGUUGAUCCUGGAAAAUAUAUGGAGUUUGUAUGAUGCUGUCUUGAAAAAGGAUAAAGAAAAAAUUGAUAAAAUAGUGACCUCUUUAGGGUUAAAAAUUGGAGCCCGGGAGGCACGACAUUCAGAUCCUAAAGUCCAGAUCAACGCCAUUUGCAGCCAGUGGCUACCCAUAUCCCAUGCUGUUCUCCCUAUGGUUUGUCAGAAACUACCCAGUCCUCUGGACAUUACAUCUGAACGAGUGGAGAAACUGAUGUGCACAGGAUCACAAACAUUUGACACUCUGCCACCAGAAACUCAAGCCCUGAAAGCAGCUUUUAUGAAAUGUGGAAGUGAGGAUACUGCUCCAGUUAUUAUUUUUGUUUCCAAAAUGUUUGCAAUUGAUGCUAAGGCCUUGCCUCAGAAUAAGCCAAGGCCUCUCACUCAAGAAGAAAUUGCUCAGAGACGUGAACGUGCGAGACAAAGACAUGCAGAGAAGCUUGCGGCCACACAGGGACAGGUCCCCCUGGAGUCCACACAGGGUGGGGCUGCUCUGGAAACAAGUCCACAGGAAGAGUCAAAAGGUGAUGAGCCGGAAGUGGAGAGUGCAGCCCCUCACCCUGUGCCCCAGGAAGACAAUAGUCGAGAGUCUUUCAUUGCAUUUGCUCGUGUAUUCAGUGGUGUAGCUAGAAGAGGAAAGAAAAUUUUUGUCUUGGGACCCAAGUACAGUCCUGUUGAGUUUUUGCAACGGGUUCCACUAGGCUUCUCAGCUCCACUUGAGGACCUCCCCCCAGUGCCGCACAUGGCAUCCUGUACCCUGGAGAACCUGUACCUUCUGAUGGGAAAGGAGCUGGAGGAGUUAGAGGAGGUGCCCCCAGGAAAUGUGCUGGGAAUCGGAGGCCUUCAGGAUUUCGUGCUGAAAUCUGCAACUCUGUGUAGUGUCCCCUCCUGCCCACCAUUUAUCCCGCUCAACUUUGAAGCCACCCCUAUUGUGAGAGUUGCUGUUGAGCCAAAACACCCAAGUGAAAUGCCUCAGCUUGUGAAAGGAAUGAAACUGUUAAACCAAGCAGACCCCUGUGUUCAGGUUUUAAUUCAGGAGACAGGAGAGCAUGUUUUAGUCACAGCCGGGGAAGUCCACCUUCAGCGAUGCUUGGAUGACUUAAGAGAAAGGUUUGCAAAGAUUCACAUCAGUGUAUCUGAACCCAUAAUUCCUUUCAGAGAAACAAUCACAAAACCCCCCAAAGUUGACAUGGUCAAUGAAGAAAUAGGCAGACAACAAAAAGUUGCAGUCAUACACCAAACAAAAGAAGAUCAAAGCAGAAUCCCGGAAGGAAUCCAAGUUGACUCUGAUGGGCUCAUCACCAUUACAACUCCCAAUAAACUUGCCACUCUCAGUGUUCGAGCAAUGCCCCUUCCAGAGGAAGUCACUCAGAUUCUAGAAGAAAAUAGUGAUUUGAUUCGUUCUCUGGAGCUAUUGACAUCCUCUUUGAAUGAGGGCCGAGAUAUACAAAUGAUUCAUCAGAAGACCCAAGAGAAAAUUGGGGAAUUCAAAGGAAAACUAGAGCAACACCUUACAGGGAGAAAAUGGAGGAAUGUUGUUGAUCAGAUCUGGUCAUUUGGCCCAAGAAAAUGCGGGCCCAACAUACUAGUCAAUAGAAGUGAAGAUUUUCAGAACUCCGUGUGGACAGGCCCUGCUGGCAGAGAUUCCAAAGAAGCCAGUAGGUUCCGAGAUUUUGGCAAUAGCAUUGUGAGUGGCUUCCAACUAGCCACUCUCUCUGGUCCCAUGUGUGAAGAGCCCCUCAUGGGUGUCUGUUUUGUUCUGGAAAAAUGGGACCUAAAUAUGGUGGAAGAACAAGGAGCAAGUGAUCAUUUGAAUCAAGAACAGAGUGAUCUGGUAGGAGAUAGACAGGAACAAGAUAAAGCCUGCCCCAGUGGAGGUGAAAACCAAGAGCAGCAAGAUGGCCACUCAGGGCCCUUUGAAAAGAGGACUUCCCAGAAAGGAGAACCUCUGGUCCUUGACUGCUAUGGACCCUUGUCAGGACAGCUAAUUGCCACCAUGAAAGAAGCCUGUCGCUAUGCACUGCAGGUGAAACCUCAGCGCCUAGUGGCAGCCAUGUACACAUGUGAUAUCAUGGCCACCAGUGACGUCCUUGGACGAGUUUAUGCUGUCUUGUCGAAGCGUGAAGGCCGAGUUCUUCAAGAAGAAAUGAAAGAAGGGACAGAUAUGUUCAUCAUCAAGGCUGUGCUGCCUGUGGCUGAAAGCUUUGGCUUUGCUGAUGAAAUUAGGAAGAGGACAAGUGGCCUGGCCAGCCCACAGCUGGUGUUUAGCCACUGGGAGGUCAUUCCCAGUGACCCCUUCUGGGUGCCAACCACUGAGGAGGAGUACCUGCACUUUGGGGAGAAGGCAGAUUCUGAGAAUCAGGCCCGGAAGUACAUGAAUGCAGUGCGGAAGCGGAAGGGUCUCUAUGUGGAAGAAAAGAUUGUGGAGCAUGCAGAAAAGCAGAGAACACUCAGUAAAAAUAAAUAGCACCAUUGGUUGAACUCUCUUCUUUUUAAUAAAUAACAUGUAUCAUCAAGGGUCCAGUCCUGGAGGUUUUCCUUUGGAUACUUUAUCCUGUGUAUCCAUUUUCAAUAAACCUGAUCUAUAUAAAUAUUCUGAA